AGAUCUGACGCAAGAGGCCAAAGGUCAAGCCGACGACAAAGAACUAAAAGAUGGAGAUACAUGGGAUACUUACCAAAUGGUAUUAUUCGGAUAUGUAGACGAUGACCAAGCUCCAGAUCAAGUUGAAAACAUUAACACAGACAAGGAAAGAGGAUGCAAAACCAAGGUUCAAUCCGAUAAGGAGGACGACUCAGAGACAUGCUGUCAGAGACGUCAAAUAGAAAAUGAAAUGGACGGGGAAGAUUCUGAGGUCUCAAUGACAGACAAAGCUAGAGAAAAGUGUAUUUAUUUCAAACAAGAAAAGAACAAUUUGAUGCAAGAACAAGAACCAAACAUACAAAGUGGAUUGUCCGUCAGACUGAUGGGAUUCUUCAGAAAGAAGUCCAGGUCCUCCAAAAGAGAGCAGAAAUCUAAAGAGAAAGAUAGGAAAGAACAAGAACCAAAAAUAGAAGGUGGAUUGUUCGCCAGGCUGAUGGGAUUCUUCGGAAAGAAGUCCAGGUCCUCCAAAAGAGAGCAGAAAUCUAAAGAGAAAGAUAUGAAAGGAAAAUUUAAAAGUAAAGACUCAGGAUCCAGGCCUUUCAUGGACGUAUUUCUUUGUUGCGGAUUGAAAUAAUUAUGUCUUUCGUCGAUUGAUUGUGUAAACAGUAUAUUGCAUAAAAAAAAAAAAAAAAAAAUAAAAAAUAAAAAAUAACGAAACACAAAAAAAAAAAUAUAAAAGAGGUCCCAUAUUGGUGUGACCUUAAAAAAACAAACAAAAAGAAAAUAAUAUGAAAUUUAAAAAAAAUGUUGAUAUUGUAUGUGUUUAAUAUUGUUAUUAUAAUUAAAGGGGCUCUUAUUUUUAUAUUCUGUACUCUUAUAUGAAUUAUUAGGGAGGCAUUCGUCUUUA